CGCCGCCCCCGCCCCUGACGUCGCAGUUGUGUGUGUUUGGUAUGGGAUCUUGCAUGUUCCUGUUCCUGUUCCUCUCGUCAUGUUGUUGUUGUUGUUGUUGUGAUUGUUGUUGUGAUUGUUGUUGUGGUUGUUGCUUCCUCUUCAUAUUCCCUGCGCCAUGCCGCUUCUCUUCAUUCUUCUCGCCGUGUGCUGACGAGCCAGAAUUCCGUUUCGUUGCCAAUUGUGGAGCCUGUUUCCGGGAAAGGGAUAUGCACCAUAGGUAUCACGGUUCGGGGUUCAUUGCGGUGGCGGUUCUGCGGCUAGUGGAGAAACAGUGGAGAGCUGCGGACAAUGAAGGGUCGUUACGAGGUGACACUGUUCGAAUUAUGGUGUUAACGCGAAGAUAUGUCGUGGGUCUACAGUUCGCUUUUGAAGCGUUGAUUGUUGCUGUGAGUGAAAAAAAAAAAAAUCCCUCGGAACGAAAGGUUCAUUCAUUUUUUUACGAGUUGACUGAGGCUCUAAGAACUCCUUUAGAGACAGGUCUAUAUAUUGGCUAUUGUAGCGCUGUAGACCGCGAAAGAUUGAUCGAUAAGGACAACUCCUGAUCAUGCACGUCCAAGCAAAAGUUCAGGCAUCAUGGGAAGUACAGAAGAUUCUGACCGCAAACGCCGCAACUUUAAUCAUUCUGUAUCCCCUGUAGUCAUGAAACAAUCUCUUACACCUUCAUCUGAAAAGAAGAAGGUGGAUGCUCAGAUGUUGCAUUACCAAAAUUCUAAGCUUUCUCAGCUGCUCGAGGUCCAGCGCAACGAAAUAAAUGUUCUGGAGGGAAAAUUGAAUCAACUUCAUAACAAGCAGGUCUCAUUCGAUGAGAAUCUCUCAAUCGUCAGCCGCGUAUGGGAUCAGGUUGUGGAUGACUUAGAGCUGCUGACAGUACGAGUCGGUCCUACAUCCAACGGAACUCAUGCUUUGGGGUCUCCCCAUGAUCGGGAUAAUGCCUCAUUUCGUCCAGAGCAAACUUUUCUGCAGCGGCUGCUUGAUAGAGGAGCCACCGACAACUCCACAAUUAAUAGAAGUAAUGGCUCAGUUGAGUCUGGACUCUUCAGCCGAAAGGCAGACAUUGCUAUGACUGUGACGUAUCUGGUGCAAAGUAUUGAUUAUGAGCGAGCUCGAAACGAUGAGCUUGUGAGUAGUUUACGAAAUGAUAUUGCUUCUAUUGAUGUGGCAGGUGUCAAUGGGUCGCUCGCAAAGGCAGAUGAAGAGCUUUAUGCAGAAGCGAAAAAGGUGCGAGGUUUUGUGGAGGAUCUUCACUUAAAACACCGGCAGCUCUCUGCUGAACUGGGGACUUGUGGUGAUUUUCAAGCGAAGGACCAAGCUGAGGUGAAGAGAUUAAAAGGCGAGCUGGAGGAAGUUUGUGCUGAUCUAGAAGCUAACAGGCGCCAGUUGACUGCUUUCCGCUCUCAGGAUGCGACGCUCUCCGGUUCAGCCACACCCAGUGCUACGCCAACUCGGAAAAUGUUUGAAGUAAGGGAGGGAGAUGCAGAGCAAGGGAAAUUUCCUGAAGAGAAUUGUGAACUGGAAACUGGUUUGGAAGAGGCUAAGUCAUUGGCAGCCCGAAGCCUUACAGAGCUUCAAGAAGCUAUGCAUAAUCACUUGGAUGAUAUUCGGAAGAUCCAGCAAAUGCAGGAUGAACUGGAUGACCAAGAAAGCAUCAUAUCUUUUCGGCAAUAUCAGUCACUGGAUGAACAAGUCCAGUAUUUGAGGACUGAAGUUGAGAAGUAUCGGGCCGUGGUAGACGAGUUACAGGUGUGGUUGUCAUUUGACCAUCAUGUUUCCUUACGCAUAUCAGUUUCGGAGAAUCGAACCCGUAAGACUUCAGAUGUGCAAGUAGAGCGUGUGUCUCUUGUGCGCCAAGAGAAAGAAGUUAUAUUGAAAGCUGAGGCUGGUGAUGCAGCUCGUAGGGCAGGCGCCAUUUCUGAUGCUCGGGCAGCAGAUUUGGAGUUAAAGUUGCAGCAGUGCAUGUCUGAUUGCGACACUAUGCGAUUAAGAAUUGAAGACGCAACCCGGGCUUCAGGAAGAAAAGAGUCGGUAGCUGAUCUCAAGAAGGAGAGCACUAAUCUUCAUGAAGAUAUGAAUAUGAUUCAAACUCAGUUAGACGAUUUCAAGGAAACCGGCUCAGCUGUCCAUUCACUGCGAGCAAAGCUUCACUCCUUGCAUUUGAUUCUGGAAAGAAAAACAUUAGAAAGUCGGCUUCUCAGUGACCAGUAUGCUGGCCAAGUUCGAGAACUGAACUUUAUUCAGGAUGAGGUCAGGGGUUUGCGAGAUAGCGAGAAAGAACUAAAGCUUAUUUUGGAUAUGUACGACAGGGAGUUGAGUGAUCCGAGGGAAGUUAGAGAAUUGCAACAAGCGGAUUGCAGGGCUCUAGCGGAAGUAAAACGACUGCAGUUGGCUCUAGACGAGCACAAUCUAGAGCGUCGUGUUAAAGAUGCAAAUGAAGCAGAGGCUGCGUGUCAGCAGAAACUUACUGCGGUGGACGCUGAGAUUGCUGAGCUGCGACAAAAUCUAGAUGUUUCUUACAAGGUUGCUCAAGAUUUAAGGGAGAGUCUGCAGACCAAGAAAGAGGAAGAGGAUACGUAUAUAAGUGAAAUAGACGAUAUUACACAAGCUUACAUUGAUAUGCAAAUCCAGAAUCGGAAGUUACUUCAAGAAAUCAUAGAACGUGAUGAAUACAAUGCUCAGUUGAUGUCAGACAGCCUCAAAGCCAAACAGCUGCAGACUUCAUUACAAGCUGAGAAACAAGUGUUGAAUGCCCGGAUGCAACAUGUAAUUGCUCGCGCCGACCUCCACAAACAGCACGUUGCUCGUAUAGAAGAUCAAGCCAGAGCAUUUAUUCAUGAACAUGGGAAAGCUAUAGACGAAAGUCGACAUCAAUCAUCAGCAAUGGAAAGUGCUAAGCGGAAAGCUGUUGAGAUGGAGAAAGAGUUGGCUUCUGCUAAAUCUGCACUAGCCGCUGCAGACAAAUUGUUAGAGGAGCGUGGUCAGAGAUUGCUGAAUGUGAAUCUGCAAUUAGGAAAAGAGAGGUUCGAGAAGCGAAGGGCUCAAGAGGAUUUGAAAAUUGUAAACAUGAAGACUGCACGCCUUCAUUCUCUUCACGAUGUCGGUUCCACUGCAGAACGGUUACAAGAACAAGUUAAUGAUUACAGAGCUAUUUUGCAAUGCAAUGUCUGCCACGAUCGAAAUUUUCAGGCUAUUAUCACUAAAUGCUACCAUCUAUUUUGCAUGCCUUGUAUUCAACGGAAUCUGGAAUCCAAGCAUCGGAAAUGUCCUGGUUGCGGGAUUCCGUUCGGGCAGAAUGAUGUCCGAUCCGUGUACAUAUAAGACAGUUUAUUUUUUAAGGAAAGCCCUGGCCAGCGAAAAUUCAUCCAACAGUGUACCCCUGAUCAUAGUUGGAGAAUGCCCUGGGUUCCUGCUCCAUACAUCGCACUGUAGUCAACGCAUCUUUCAGAUGUUCAACAUUACUCGUAGUUUAGGUUUCUUUGUAAUUGUGAAAUCUUUUCUUGCUUUCGAAAUAUGCCCUUCCACGUCUCACUCGUACAGUGAUCUACAGAAGCCCGUCAGAUCAAACUGCGCACGCCACGUCUAUAGUCGGGAUAAAACAAGAUCACAGAACUUUGGUAGGUGAUCAACAUGUGAGGUCCUCUGUGAAACAAGGCAGUUGAAGUGGCUCUUUAGGCUGUCUGUGUCUCAGAAGGUACUAAUUCUAUGCUUGAAUCCCACCGCAUUUCAUGAUGUGAACUGGAAACCAA